GUUGGCCCACCCCGCGGCCUGCGGGCGGAAGUUCCCCGAAUCGAGAACAGGGUCUCAGAAAGCAGAUACUGUCUCUAGUCAUGAUUUUUAUUUUUACCAUAUCCAUGAGCAGCCAUCAUCUCCAGCCAGGCUCGAUCUCGAUCGUCGUUUGAAAGUUUGAAACUUCGCGCCAUUCCAAACGAAAACAAAAGGAAACAGUCGGCGGCUGGAGCUGCGACGGCUAUGGACAUUCUGACAGCAAAAAUUGGAUUUGUGGCCGAUAUCAAGCCUGUCAUCUCCAGCUCUUGGUGAAAAAGUGGAGUAAACAUGUCUACGUUUCGAAGGGCUUGUUUCGGAGCCAGACAUCUCUGCACGGGAUUGCGGUCUGGAUUGGUUGGACGAGAUGUAGUGGACUUGAGGGAUUUACUUCAAAAGGAUAUAAAAUCUAUCCUAUGGUCUGCUCUGGAUUUAAAGUCAAGAGGAAAAGGGAAAGAUCAAAUCCAAAUAAGUGGUACUCAUGUUACUUUAUUGAUGUCUCGUCCGGAGCCUUUUAUUCAGGCUGCUGCUGGCUGUGCUGUUUCGGCCGUAGGGAGCAGCCUAACAACAAUUGUCCACGAGUCGCUCAGAGACAUGGAUCAACGUUCUGUUGAAGAUUUGGGACGUACCCUAUCAGCAACUUCUGAUGUAAUCUUAGUUCAAUCUGAAGAUCAUGGUUUCAUUUCAAAACUAGCAACUGGAGCUACCAUACCAACGGUUGCUUGGCACUCGGAAAAACACUCUAUUGUUCAAGCAUUAGCUGACACCAUGACUAUUUAUGAACAUUUCAAUCUUCUAAGUCCAUUAACAUUGAGUUGGGUUGGUCCACCAAAAGCCCUUUUCAACUCAUACCUCUUCAUCAUGCCGCGCAUGAAAAUCAACCUCAGAUUCUGCUGUAAUGAUUCUGAUAGCAGCUGCCAAACAUCCCCAUCAAUGAUGAAUGAAGGCAUUAAAAAUGCUGUCACCCACAAAACUGAAUUCCACGAGUGCCAGAGCCCAGCUGAAACUGUGUACCGCACUGAUAUUAUUGUUACCACUGGGCAUGACAUUCCAUCCCUGUGUCUUAGAAAGAAGGAUGUGGAUGAAGCAUCUCUAGAAUACCUCCUUCUACAUGAACUUCCACGUGGGAAAUCUGAGCUCUCAGAGGAACUGUUCCGUUCCAAACACUCAGCAACAUGGAAGUCACGAGAAAAUGUCACUUGGAUAACAAUGGCAAUUUUAAUCAAUGUAUUGCAAGAUUUUCGGCCAUCAAUUAGAGUACCCAAGUGGGAGUUAGAAUAGUUUGUAAAGAGAGUGUUUUGUUUGUUAAGUAUAAAAGUUAAGUUGCUGAGAAGGAAUCUGUCAUUUGGUCCAACUAAGAAGUUUCUUCUCAUGGAAGUGAACAUUCAUAGAACCAUGGUGGUAAAAAUAAAAUCAACUCUUUCUCA